AUGUCUGAAAUAAUUGAUAAAAUCACUCCAAACAAGAAGUUUGAAUCGAAAUCGAUUAACCAUAUUCGUUCUUAUUCGUUGGUCAAGCAGCUCGAAGGAUUUUUGUUAUCUUUCUCCUUGGUAAACAUUUUGUACCAAUAUGUUAGUAGUGUUAUUAAUUUUGUUAAUACCAAGUUAUCUUCAGUUGACGUUGUAUACGACAGCUUAACAUUUGUUGACGAAAAGGUUGAUGGUAUUGUUUUGUCAAAAGUUGACUGGGGCGUGAAACAGGUUCCAUCUAGCGACAAGUUAAACCCAGUGGUUUAUGCUAGAGCAGGUUACAACUAUGUUAAUGCCAGUAUCUUGAGACCAAUCAACAACAUCAUCUACAAUGCUGGUGACAAGGUUUUGCCAGCAACUGUGGAAGAAAAUAAGGCGGUUUUCAAAUUGGAGGAAUUGGGUGAAUCAUCCGAGGUAUCUAAAUUUUUCAAAAUUGUCAAUGAAUUUGUUUCCAGAGCCAAGACAUUUGUUUCCAACAAGUCUAACGAUGUUUCUAACAACUUGAUUUCGACUUACAACAACGAGUUAAACACCAUGAAGGAUGAAGCUUCUGUCUACAAGAAGAAACUUGUGGCUAGCUACAAUACCGGGUACAGAUUUGUGAGUGAUGUCAACAGUCAGACCCAGGAAUACGUUGCUGAUGUAGCUACUACUACCAGAAACAAGGCCGAUUCGCUUAUUUCAGAUGCCAAGCAAGGCAUUUCUGCUAUUAACAGCAAAGCCAAUGAAAUCCGCAAUGAAGGUUCUGAAUUAUUGAACGGAUCCUCGAACUCCAAUCAGGCACCAGCUGUUAGUGCCUCGGCUUAA